AUGAUCCGAGUGAUCGUUCAAGACUGUCACGCGAGGCUUCGCAAGUUUCGUCAGAGGAUCAAAGAAGAGAAGGCAAAAUGCCUUGAGUGCAUAGGCGAGAAUACUAAACAACUUCUCCAGCAGAGGGUGGCCAAACGAGCCCACGAACACAAAACGAAGCGAGAAGCAGCACUUGCAGUUAAGUUUCGCAAGCUGCUUCAUUCAAUGUCCUUCAAAGAUGACAAGCUGGUGCAAAACCUGUCAUCCAAGGAGCUGACAGAUGAACACAUGCAGGUGUUAAGGCAUGAAGCCUCAUUCAACACAACUGAUGCCGGGCCUGCUAACAUGGUUGCUGCAGUUGAAUCAAUUCUCAGCCAAACAGAAGCGAUGGACGUAGCGAAGAACCUUAUACGGCACCAGGUGUCGUCCCUCCUCAUGGCACAUCGACCACGCGACGCUCUCUCCAAGGUCGAACGUAAGGCACCUAAAGAACUCAGAGCCGACAAUGACCUCGUUAUUGUGCCGGCGGACAAGGGGUGGUCCACUGUCAUUGGACAGGACCGACUACAAUUACAAAGCUCAAAAUCUGUUAGACGAUCGUCAGUCCUACGUCACAUGCAAAUCCAACCUUAUAAAAACGCUGACACGCGAGCUCAACACAAGGCUGUUGGCGAUGGAGAACUCAGGUGGAAUAUCGCCAAUCGACUGGCGCAUGGCAAGAGCGCAAGAACCGGCCCUGGUCCGCUUCUAUGGUCUCCCGAAGGUGCACUAAGUAGGCGCAUCCCUCCGGCCAAUUGUAUCGCUCAAAGGAACUCAAUCCUACGGACUGGCAAUGUGGCUGUUCCGACGGCUCAAAUUCCUGACCACUCAUUUAGACACAACAGUCAGGUCAUCAACGCAAUUUCUGGAGAAACUUAA